UGCACGGACUCUCCUUGGACGUGACGUUUGAACGGAUAUUACGUACCCGGAAAGGCUUGUGUUUUGUGUCAUGUGAUGAUCGCACAUAAACAAGUGAGGAACUUUUUAUAAAACCGGGUUAAAUUGAAGGGUGCAGCAGGCGAUCUACAUAGUCAAUCUAAUGAAUAUGGCAGAUAAUCUGAGGAGUUAUUUGUAUAAACAACUGCCAAGUGUUGAAGGACUCCAUGCAAUAGUAGUGACGGAUAGAGAUGGAGUCCCUGUAAUCAAAGUUGCCAAUGACAAUGCUCCUGAAUAUGCAUUGCGGCCAGCGUUCCUGUCCACCUUUGCUUUGGCAACUGACCAGGGCAGCAAGCUGGGCUUGUCCAAAAAUAAAAGCAUAAUUUGUUACUACAACACAUACCAGAUUGUACAAUUUAAUCGAUUACCCUUAGUCAUAAGUUUUAUCGCAAGUAGUAAUGCUAACACAGGUUUGAUCUUUAGUCUUGAGAAGGAACUAGUUCCUCUGAUUGAAGAACUAAGGCAGGUGGUGGAAGUAGCUUAGCAGUUAUUCAUCUCAGCACCUUCAGACAUUUGGAUGAGGAUAAGAGAGUCGGAUGUCUUGAUGCCUCUAUGUGUUCUAGUUCAUACACACACAUAUGUACAUACAUAAUGUUGGAUGGUCUUGAUGCUGUAUGUCUUUUAUGAAUGUAACCUGCUUUGGUUUACAAAAAUAAAUUUUAUUUAUUGA